CGGAGCUUUUUUCCUCUUCUCUUCUCCGCAGAUCGAACGCCACCCGAAAGGCCAAAACCCUAGGCCCCCUUCUCCUCCUCCGCCGGCUACAGUCUCCGACCCUCCGGCCAAGCGCGGAAGCGGAGGCGGCGGGCGGAGCGAUGGACAGCGCCCUCGCCAGCGCGGCGGCGAUCGCCGACCAGCGGCAGAAGAUCGAGCAGUACCGCCACAUCCUCUCCUCCGUCCUCUCCUCUUCCCCGCCCGACAUCUCCCAGGCCAAGCGCUUCCUCGACCAUAUGGUUUCUGACGAGGUGCCGCUCGUGGUGUCGCGGCAGCUGCUGCAGACCUUCGCGCAGGAGCUUGGAAGGCUAGAGCCAGAAGCUCAGAAGGAGGUUGCGCACUACGCGCUCACGCAGAUCCAGCCUCGUGUGGUGUCCUUCGAGGAGCAGGUGGUGGUGAUUAGAGAGAAGCUUGCAGAACUAUAUGAGUCUGAACAACAAUGGUCGAAAGCAGCACAGAUGCUUAGUGGGAUUGACUUGGACUCAGGGAUCAGGAUGCUGGAUGACACGAACAAAUUAUCCAAAUGUGUCCAGAUUGCACGACUUUAUUUAGAGGAUGAUGAUUCUGUUAAUGCUGAAGCUUUUAUUAACAAAGCCUCAUUUCUGGUAACACACAGCCACCAAGAACUUCUAAACUUACAAUACAAGGUCUGCUAUGCUAGAAUUUUGGAUCUGAAGAGAAGAUUCUUGGAAGCAGCACUUCGAUACUAUGACAUCUCUCAGAUUGAACAACGCCAAAUUGGUGACGAAGAGAUUGAUGAAAAUGCUCUCGAGCAAGCUCUCAGUGCUGCUGUGACAUGCACGAUAUUGGCUGGUGCUGGUCCGCAACGAUCUCGCGUUCUUGCUACGUUGUACAAGGACGAGAGAUGCUCAAAGUUGAAGAUAUACCCAAUACUACAGAAGGUUUUUCUUGAAAGGAUUUUGAGGAAACCAGAAAUUGAAGCAUUUGCAGAGGAGCUAAGGCCGCAUCAAAAAGCUCUCUUACCAGAUAGGUCUACUGUACUUGACCGGGCUAUGAUUGAGCAUAACCUCCUUAGUGCCAGUAAACUUUACACUAAUAUCAGCUUUGAUGAGCUUGGAGCAUUAUUGGGCAUUGACCCUAGGAAGGCUGAAAAGAUAGCAUCCCGAAUGAUUUAUGAAGAUAGGAUGCGAGGUUCAAUUGAUCAGGUUGAAGCUGUGAUACAUUUUGAGGAUGACACUGAAGAGCUGCAGCAGUGGGACCAACAGAUUGCGGGCCUAUGCCAAGCGCUGAACGACAUUCUUGACAGCAUGUCAAGCAAGGGAAUGGCCAUCCCUGUGUGAGUUCAUCAGGCUGCCUUCUUGACGGUACGCGUGAGAAAUGUGGUCACGGCGUCAUGCCUUGCGGACAUUUUGUACAGAUGUUCGGUGCUGCGAGUACUACUCAUGUUCUGGAACGAAUUUUUGGGCACAAUUAGUUGUCGAUUGGUACAUGCUGGACAGAAUAGGGCAGCGGCACCGUAAUGGCUACAUAUCACAAACCGAAAUUCAUCCU